AACAGAAGACAAGGGCUGGCAACACAUCGUUUUAUUACGAAAAUCAACACGUAUUUAUAUAUAUUUUAUAUGCAUUAAUAAGGCUUAUGCAAGCAGAAAAAGGCAGUCUUCUGAUUGGUUGUUUCUCGGAAGUUAAGCAGACAAACACGACCGUACAGUUCGAUCUACCCGUGAUACGCAACACAUACCCGCCUACUGUUUGUACUGUCAAUGAACACGGACUAACACUCUUACAUAAAUUCUUAUCUAUUAACGACACAGCCGCCCCUGUAUCUAUCAAACAUACUACUUCUCGAUCAUUCACUCGCAACUUCGAAUACAGAGCCCCUUUCUCAAUAGCCCCCACUAAAUCUAGGUUCAUACGAAAGAAAGAACAAGCAUUAUACCGUCUGAAAUUUUUUCUUUUUCGCCUUUCUGGGCAGUAUCUUCUCCAGUGUCCCGGCUUACCGCAUUCAAAACACCGGUCUUUUCUAUCAGCCAACUUUAACGCCGCCACUUCCCGCUGCAAUGCUUCAAUUUUCUGCUCAUAUUCGUUUGGUUUUGGUUGGUCUAUAGCGGCUACCGUUGUGCUCAGCAGCUGUCUGGUCACCUUCGCCAGCUCACUAAUAUCCAUCGGCUGCGUUGCGUUAACCAGUUGUAAUCGCUGAGAAAUGUGGUCUGGGACACUCUCGAUGAAUUGGGAAGACAGUAACUGCGCUUCUGAUUCUUCAUCUAAAGUGGGAAGCGCGCGUCGAAGUAGAUUAGUCAGUUUCACCGCCAACACUAGCGGGUCUCCAUCCGGUCCCAGCUUCGUUGACCGGAACUGCUCCAUCGCUAGCUGUCUGUCUGUUUCGCUGUCAAACUCGGACACUAGUCGUUCAACCAAUUUCUUCCAAGACACUGUGCCAUUUGACCUGUCUACGCUGUCAUAUGCCGCCUUCGCUCGGCCUCUCAACAGCGUCCCCAGGAUAACUGCCUUCGCCGCCUGCUCCUUGACACCCACCAGCUCAGCAACGGCCUCGAAGUCACGUAAGAAGCUCCGUAUGUCUCCUUCUUCAAACGCAGCUGGCCACGGGAUCUUCAUUUUUUUGGAGGCAGCGACACCAAAUGUAACAACAGAAGACAAGGGCUGGCAGCAGAUCGUUUUAUUACGAAAAUCAACACGUAUUUAUAUAUAUUUUAUAUGCAUUAAUAAGGCUUAUGCAAGCAGAAAAAGGCAGUCUUCUGAUUGGUUGUUU